UCGGGAAAUACAGCUUCCCAUCAUUGAAGCGAGCGAGAGCGAGUAUAGGUGAUCCAUGCUGUUAGGUUUCUUCCGCUUGUAACUCCGUAGAUUCGAUCUCAGAUAUCCUCUGAGCCCACCAGUAAAAGAACGUGCAACAAGAAUUAAAGGCGACAAAGCCUGUUCGGAGCCAGCGUGAAAAUAAUAGAAUAGGGGCAUGUCACCAUGAUCACCGACGAACAAUAUAAACGGGAAAAGGAAGCUUGGGUGACGGAUUGCACAGGUGGAUCCAUUGCAGAAAUUCUAACUGUGUGUGCCACGUUUGUCGGAUCGCACUGCUUGUGGUGUGCUUUGCGGAGGAAUGGCUGGAGCGAUGAUAACAGCUACUUGGUUCAGUUUGUCAUCUAUGCUCUACCUUUGUUAAUCUGCCAGACCGUGGUUGCCGACCACGCCGCCCUGGUAGCCACUGCAUUGCUAACGACCGGGUUGACAAUGUUUUACUGGCAUCCAAUGCCGUCGACAAACGUUCCAAGCACAUCCAAUAUCAAACCUUACCUGACAGCGUACCGUGCAGGCACCAUGAUAUUAACUUGUAUCGCGAUUUUGGCUGUUGAUUUUCCCAUUUUUCCACGACGGUUCGCCAAAGUGGAAAAUUUUGGCACGUCCUUGAUGGAUGUCGGUGUAGGAUCUUUUGUAUUUUCGUCUGGUAUUGUGGCGUCUCGGGGGUAUACCCAUGGUAAACAAGCCUCGUCUCCGUUCCUCAGCCAGAUGGUCAAAGCCAUCCGCUCGUCUUUGCGUAUACUGGCCCUUGGAUUUUUGAGAAUGAUCUUAACAAAAGGCGUGGAUUACCAGCAACAUACGUCCGAAUAUGGUCUGCAUUGGAACUUUUUUUUUACCCUCGGAUUUCUGCCACCGUUUGUCACUCUGAUUAGCUUUCUACGAAAAGUGUGUUCGUUCUUUGUCCUCGGCUCCAUCUUGGCCGUAGGAUACCAGCUUUUGUUGACAUAUGGGCUUCAAACAUGGGUGCUUGAAGCACCACGAGUGACCCUGAUCAGUGCCAACAAGGAAGGCAUUUGUAGCUUUAUUGGCUACUUAUCCAUCUUUUUGUUCGGGCUCGAUUGCGGUACACUGAUAUUUUCAGAGCCAGAUGUUAAAAAGCAGCCGCCAUCAUCAACCUUCUCCUCCUCUGCCAAUUAUCGCACAGCGAGAGGUCUGACCGUACGGGCCACGGGUUACUGGCUAGCCCUUACAUUGUGGAACUGGUUGACAGCGGAUCAGGAAGGGCUCCAUGUUUCCCGUAGAUUGACAAAUUUGCCGUACAUAAUUUGGGUGAUUGCUUUUAAUAUCACUCUACUGGCUGCCUUGAUUUGGAUAGAGUGGAUGGACGGCCAAGCACAUUCAAGUCCUCUGCUGUUGCAGGCCAUCAACAAGCAUGGUUUACCUACAUUUUUAUUGGCCAACGUGCUGACGGGAGUGAUCAAUUUGAGUAUGAAGACACUUUACGCAUCGACAACUGUGAGUCUGACAGUGUGUGGUUGCUACAUUGCCGUCGUCACUUUGGUGCCAAGUUUGCUAUGGCUACAAUUUCGGGUCUGAGUCAGGGUUUCAAAAAAAAUAAAAAUUUGUUUACUUUUUUUUUCUGUUGG